CACGUGAUAGGUACGCACAGACCACACUCCAGCGCUACGUCAUUAACACCACCACGGCACCCGCCGUGACAGUGUCUCUCUGACGCAGAGUGGAGAUAUGGCCCUUCCGAGCUGGAAGUCGCCUGCCUCGUAUGGUCCGUGAAGAAGCUAGACCUCUCUCAGUUCCUCAUCUACGGAUCGUUCCAACCUUUGGCUCGUUAAUGCCUUUGUUUACCUGUCUUAGUAUUAGUUGAUCCUAGUUCACCUCGAAGGAAAAAGAACCUCGUACCGGACGCUCUAAGUCGGCUGCGAACGGCCGACGACAUGCCUCCUGACGAGCCCGUAGUCUUGGACGACGUGUGGUUCACGUACGCUGAGGCUUGUAUGGAGGACAGCUUGCGGGACAGCUUCCGCCAGGGAUAUGCUGAUGACGUCAAACACGCCCCUAUCAUUGAAGAAAUCACCAAGGAGGGCGGCAAGGCUAGGCCUGGCUACCCCUUCGUUUUGGACGAUCAGGGCCUGCUAUUCAACGUGCACCCUGAUGGUACGAGAAGUCUCUGCGUGCCCAAAAACAUAGUCAAUACGGUUCUGGAGGGAGCGCAUGACAGUAAGCACCAUUUCGGCAGAAAUCGGAUGCUCUACGACUUGAAGGGACAGGCUGCAAAGGAGGCCUGGUGGUUAAUUGACUAGGAGGUUCUAUAUAGAUUAUCGGUUAGGGUGUGAUUCUGUUGGAUUGGCUAUUGUCAGAU